AUGAGCGGCGCCGAUUGCUUACCAUCAGAUUCAGACUAUACUAGUAUAGAUUGCCAUGGCGGCGAUGUCGAAGCAACAUUAACAGAGAAACCGCCUGCCAAGCUGAAAGAUUAUGGCAAACCCCCUAAGGUCGGCAAACAGCAGUCAGCGCCGCCCAUGGACAUCCGCAACGGAGUUGUUACGAGCAUCAACAAAUACGCCCAAGCUACAAGUUACGCAUCAUUAAAAGAAGAAUUUGGACUCAUUGACCCUUACCUAUUAGAUGAAGAGGCUAUAAAUGUGGUUGACCUUGAAAACUUGACAGACUGCGACUGUCCGCGUGUCCACUUUCCCGUGUGUGCGAAAAACGGUGACACCUACGUUAACCAUUGUAUUUUAAGAUGCAGUGAGGAAUCCGAAUUUGUUAGAUUCGGCUCGUGUAUAUCAUACAGAAGAAUGGAUAGUUUUGCAUUUAAUUUAAGUAUCCCAACGAAAUGGAAAAAUUUGAAUGAUCAUUCCCAAAUUGAGGCUAAUGAACCUGUGGACAAAGUUUAUGUGGAAAUACCCAAGAAGAACUGA